GCCUCUCCCUUCAUAUAAGCCGGGCUGCCUCCAGCCAGCUUUUGCACUCACACUACUCACUGGUCCAGAGCAAGUGAAGGCCAGUGGAGAAUGAGCCCGUUUUCCUCUGAGUCAGCAUGGCUCUGCUUGGCUGCCACUGCAGUGCUGGGGGGCAUGCUUCUCUGCAAAUCCCGGAGUCCAGGGCAGCUGCGGAGCCAGGUGGUGUGUCUCGCUGGCCUCUGGGGAGGUGCUUGCCUGCUCAGCCUGUCCCUCCUCUGCAGCGUGUUCCUUUUAUCGGUGUCCUGCUUCAUCCUGUAUAUGAGUUCAUCUGACCAAGACUUGUUACCUGUGGAUCAAAAGGCUGUGCUGGUGACAGGUUCUGAUUCUGGUUUUGGUCAUGCUUUGGCCAAGCACCUGGACAAGCUGGGUUUCACAGUGUUUGCUGGAGUGCUGGAUAAAGAGGGUCCAGGAGCAGAGGAAUUGAGAAAAAACUGCUCUGAGCGCCUUUCUGUGCUCCAGAUGGAUAUCACCAAGCCAGAGCAGAUACAAGAUGCUCACAGCAAAGUCACAGAGAAGAUUCAAGACAAAGGACUGUGGGCCGUGGUCAACAAUGCCGGAAUCUUCCACUUUCCAGUUGAUGGAGAACUCAUUCCCAUGACCUCCUACAGAAAAUGCAUGGCUGUGAACUUCUUCGGAGCCGUGGAGGUCACCAAGGCGUUUCUGCCUCUACUUAGAAAGUCCAAGGGGAGGCUGGUGAACAUCUGCAGCAUGGGAGGCCUGGUUCCACUUCAAAUGAUGGCAGCUUACUCCUCCACGAAGGCAGCUCUCACCAUGUUCUCAACGAUCAGCAGACUGGAGCUUGCCAAAUGGGGAGUCAAGGUCGUUACCAUCCAUCCUGGAGGCUUCCAAACAAACAUCACAGGCUCACGGGACAAUUGGGAUAAACUGGAGAAGGAAAUCCUGGACCACUUUUCCAAAGAGAUUCAGGAGAACUACGGCCAGGACUAUGUUCGUACACAGAAGUCCACGCUCCAGAUCAUGAAAGAGCUCUCCAACCCAGACAUCACCCCUGUGCUGCGGGAUAUCCAGCAUGCCAUUUCUGCCAGGAACCCCUCUUCCUGUUAUUUCCCAGGGAGAAUGACUUACCUGUGGGUCUGCUUCGCAGCCUAUUCCCCGACCAGCUUGUUGGACUAUAUUAUGAAAAAAUAUUUUCAUUCAAAAGUCAUGCCGAAAGCUCUAAAGACAGCGAGUUAGAAGAAGGCCCUGGUGGGGUAGGAAAUGUCACAUUCUUAGGAUGAAAGGGAAACCUCUUAUUAAUAAAACUAACUUUCUACCUCA